GCCACCUGUGCUCCCGCCUCUCAGCCAAGGUUCUGCCUGCGAGCGACUGCCUCGGGAAUCCUGUGCGCCCUUAAGUCCUCCCCACACCAAGCCCAUCCUCGUUCUGGAGGUCACCGGCCCCUCUCUCCUUCCUCUCCAGACCCCUAGGGCGCCCCUCCCUUCUAGCCGCGGAUUCGGCGAGCCAGGUUUUCUCCCUUUCUGGUCUCCGCUCCUCCUCUCUCCCUAGAAUCCAGUCCUGGUUUCCCCACCGCCAGCCUCCCUCUCCUCCCCGCCAGGCUGCUCUCCGCCCAGCCCGCCGUCGCCGCCGCCGCGGCCACCGCGGUCGGCCCCACGCCUCGCCAGCCCAGCUCUCAGCCGCCCGGGCCUGGAUCGCCCGGUCCGGCGGCUCCAGUCCUGAUCUCGCCGCCGCCCAGCCGGGGUACGAGGCCCGGCCGCUGGGCAGAGGCGGCGGCGGCUGGCGCGCCAGUCCCAGGUUGGCUGGGAGGGAGCCCGGGAGGACAAUGCACCCGGCGCUCGGCCACCCUCGCCCGCUUUCGUCCUCGCCCGGCCCCUUCCCGCCGCCGCCGCCGCCGCCCGCUGCCCGACUGCAGCCGCUCUUCUUCCGCGGGGGUUCGCCCCGCGGCCCGGGUGGCUCGGGCGACAGCAGCAGCAGCCCCAGCCCCGGCCGCGGGGGCGGCCGGCGCUGCGGGGGCGACUCCGUGAGCAGCAGCGGCGGCAGCAGCGGCGGCACCGGCGCGGGGCGGGAAGACGACGACGAGAGCGUCAGUCUCAGCAAGCCGCUGGUGCCGGCCGCAGCGCCCGCGGGACCCCCAGCGACGGGGGACGCCGCGCCGGUCGCCUUCUCCUCGUCUGCCGCCACCUACUCCUCCGCGUCCACACCCGCCUCUUCCUGCAGCAUGACUGCCGCCGACUUCGGCGGGGGCGCCGCGGCCGGGCCCGUCGGGGGUCCCGGGGGCCGCUCCAUGGGGGGCGCGGGCGGCGCGGGAACCGGCGGCGGCGCCUCCUGCUGCCCGUGUUGUUGCUGCUGCGGCCGUCCGGCCCGGCCCGGCCGCAGAGGAGGGCGCCGCGGGUGCGCCGCCGGGCCGGGGUGCCGCUGGGGCUACCAGGCGCUGUCCGUGGUGCUGCUGCUGGCGCAGGGCGGGCUGCUGGACCUGUACCUCAUUGCUGUCACCGACCUGUACUGGUGCUCCUGGAUCGCCACUGACCUGGUGGUGGUGGUGGGCUGGGCCAUCUUCUUCGCCAAGAACAGCCGGGGCCGUCGGGGCAGCGCGGCAAGCGGCGCACACAGCCAUCCGUCGAUCCAGCACCACCACGCUGCGCCGCCUCUGCACCUGCCCGCCUCCUCGGGCGCCUCGGCCGCGGCCGCGACUGGAGCCAAGGCGCGCGGCGGCCGCAGCAUGGCCGGCGGCCCCGGGUGCGGACCGGGGCCGGUGGGGGUGGCGGGUGAGUUCGCCUUCGCCUACCUGGCCUGGCUCAUCUACUCCAUCGCCUUCACGCCCAAGGUGGUGCUCAUCCUGGGCACGUCCAUCCUGGACCUCAUCGAACUGCGCGCGCCCUUCGGCACCACGGGCUUCCGCCUCACCAUGGCUCUGUCGGUGCCCCUGCUCUACAGCCUGGUGCGGGCCAUCAGCGAGGCGGGCGCCCCCGCGGGCUCGGCGGGGCCCUUGCUCCUGCAGCCCCAGCAGCACCGCGCUGCAGGCUGCUUCCUGGGCACUUGUCUGGAUUUGCUCGACAGCUUUACCCUGGUGGAGCUGACGCUGGAAGGCCGCGUGCCGCUGCCCGCGCACCUGCGCUAUCUGCUGCUCGCCGUCUACUUCCUCACCCUCGCCUCGCCGGUGCUCUGGCUCUACGAGCUCAAUGCCGGGGCCGCCGCUCCGUCGUCGCGGGGCCAGGCCUCGGGGCCGGGCAGCUGCAGCCGCCUUUUGCGCCUGCUGGGCGGCUGCCUGGUGGACGUGCCCCUGCUGGCCCUGCGCUGCCUCCUGGUGGUGAGCCACCAGCAGCCACUCUCUGUCUUCAUGCUGAAGAACCUCUUCUUCCUCGGCUGCCGCGGCCUGGAGGCCCUGGAGGGCUGCUGGGACCACGGGAGCCGGGCCUCCCCAAGUCGGGGUAGAGGGGGCUAUGGUGCCCCUCCAUCAGCCCCGCCGCCGCCUCAGGGGGGCUCCCAGCUGGGCCACUGCAUCCCGGAGAACGAUGGGGGGCCCCAUGGCUAUGUCAACACCCUGGCGGUGGCCUCCCAGAACUGAAGGGCUGAAGGGCAGGGGGCUUGCUUGGGGUUGAGCGCCGCCACCCUCCUUGUCCUCAAACCUUCUCUCGCCCAGAUUUGAUCAGGCAUCAUUUGAAGAGAAAACUGUCUAUAGGGCUGAGGGCUGGUGUGCCCCCUGCACCGCUUGGCUAUAGACUGUGUGGGGCGAGACUAGCAGUUGGUGGUGAGCAAGGUGCACUCCCUCUACCCAACUCCUCACCUCCAAGGGGCUGCAUUACCCUUGCUUCCCGUUCCCCUAUCUCCACCCUCAUCCCCUUCCAUUGUGAGGGAGAAUGGAGAAAAGGAGUUUCCCAGGCAGGGAGUGCUUGAAAGUGCCAGCCCCUCUGAGGCUAUGGAGAGUGCCCAAUGACCCAGAAUCCACCCCCACUGCCCCCACGUGUCUGUUCCAGAUUGGAGCUGUGUGCGGUGUUGUCUUGUUCCACCCUGUGGCCCCCUGGAAACUGCUAGGGGAUCUGGGGAGGCCUGCCCUCCUCAUAUGUGUCCCAGCUUCCUCCUGCCUGCCUGGAUUUGUGACCAUGACUUCCCAGGAAGAGCUGGGUCCUGGGGCCGCCCAGUUGCCUUCCCCCACGGAAGAAGCUCACCCUGGAUCCUCCUCCUGCUCCUCUCUUCUCGGCUCUGGGGAAGAAGGGGCUCGUAUUUUAAGGACCAAACUGCACCCUUUCUUGGGUGAAUGGCAUUUCUACCUCUGUGUUUUCAACUUUUGUUGCAUCACGCACUGAUGCUGCUUGCAAAAAAACAAAGACAAAGUAAUCAGAAGUUGCAUUCAACACGGCCACUGGCUCCCGUUGGGGCUGGGUGCUGGUGUUAGUACAGGGUCCAUGGAGUCUCAGCCACCAGCUUGCCCCUCCUUGCUUCCCUCUCUGCCCUGCACUUUUAGCCAUCUGGUGGUUUGGUGCUGGCUGCAGCAGAACUAGGCUUUGAGCAACUGCUUUGGUGGGGCUCCUGGAUGGAUGUGGAGUUGGGGCUCAGUUCCCCAGCUAUCCUGCCUCUUGGAAAGCUUGGGGUAGAUCAGAAAGGACGGUGGUGACCUUUCUGUUCUGCUCCCAGUCAGGGUCUCAGUAGGGAAAAGGCAGGCUCAGAGCCCUGCCCCCCUCUCCCACAGAGGUCCUCUUGUUGAGGGUGGUGAGGAGAGACACCCGGCGCUGCCCACGUGGAGCCCUGAUGUGGGGUGCCACCCAGGAGUCUUUGAGGUGGGGUAAGUGUUUGCAGGGGCGGUGAGGGUGCAGGAGGCUGGAAGGGGGCAAGGCUGGGCAAUCCCCCUCCCCCACCCUCAAGAGGAUGGGGUGGGGGUGGGACUUCGAGAAUGUUUGUUUCCCCUCUUCCUUAGUUCUUGGGAUGUUUUUUGUAAUGUAGUAAACCCUGGACAGGGGACCAGAAGACUUGGUUCCUGUUCUGACUCUGUCACUCACCGGUUUUGAGUGACAUCACUUUUCCUCCCUUGCCCUCAGUUUUGUCGUAUUCAGAAACUAGAAGCUGGAUGAGUGUUCUUUAAAUCGUUCAAUUCUCACAUUCUCCGAGUUUAUGGCUCUUGAAGGCCCUGGUCACAAUGGCACAAUGGCCUCUGCGAGGGUGGACAGGAGAGGAGCCAGCCAGGGUCCACUUGCAGAGCUGUCUCUGCCUCCACCCUGGGUGUGUCUGAAGCCCUCGGGAGGGCACGGCUGGGCUGGGCUGGGGUUGCAGGGCCUGUUAAGGCCUCCCUGUCCCUGCCUUCUACAGGAAGGGGCUGGAAAUGCCAAGUCACUGACCACGAAGUCAGCACCCAGACUGAAGGCCCGCCUCCUUUCCUUUUGGUUCUGCUAGGAUCAUCUGAGAGCUUGAGACCCCGCUUUCCCAACUGCUCGUGGGCAGAAGAUCUCCAUGGAGAGAGACACAGGAGGGGCUGGUGGCCGGGCCAGAGUUCUGAGCAUCCCUCCUGCUCUGGGUGGGGAACAAGGGGAAAAUGCUGCCAUGCCAUGUGCUCUGCUCCCAGGCUUUCCACCUACUCAGUGCCAGCUGGUUGGGUGGAUUUUGCAAUGAACUGGCUUUCUGCCUUCUCUCCUCCUCAACCCCCGACACUGCUCUUCUCUCCCUUUGAUUGUGCUCGGGCUCUGGGGCCCCCGGCCCCUGGAGGGAGUGGGUACCAAUAGCUGCUCCUUCUGUCCCCGUUGUCCUUUCUUCAGUUUUGCUCUGUUUCUCUGCUGCCUAAUCUCAGUGACAGACGGACAUUGUGUCUGAGCCAUGGCCGGCCCGGCUGGCCCCCGACCUGCCCUCUUUCCACUGCUGAGCGACUGUGUGAAUCUCCGAGGGCUAUGGGCUUUGCCAGAGGGAAGCUGUAAUGGGUUCCCAGGAGCUACUGCCACUUCCCAGGGGGUGUCCCGAGACUGACAGGACAGCCAGGGGGCCAGCUCUGCAGAGGCCAGCCCUGGGCAUCCUCCUCCACGCAUUUGGCACAAGUGCUCUGUGCUCAGAGGGUCAGGACCUUCCUUGCGUUUUUCUUGAAACUUUUCACUCAUUUCCCUUGCCCCAUUCAUAAGAAAAGACCCAUUUUCCUUGCCUCCUGAGGCAUCUCUAGUGCAGGGGUCGACUCUUAGAUGAGUCCAGGGGUCUGACAACCCACAGCAGCCUGGCUCACGGGAGGAUCCCUGGGCUGGGAAUCUAGACCUGCUUGCUCCUGACAGUUGAGCAAGUAGGGGGCUUCUUCUGAGCCCCCAGAUCCUUGUCCGUUUAAGGAAGACGAGACCCUCCCUAAAGGUUACUCUGUUUUCACAUGCUCUGGUUCUGAGUCCGUGGGUUUUUCUGGACGGGAGCCUGCUGGCACAGAGAGCCUGGAAGGAGGCGGAAAGUGGCGCCUCACUAGCAUUUAUCACGAUUUUCCCCCUCUCUUUUUAAAAAUAAAACCAGACUCUGUUCUGAAAAUAAAAAACUUGCAACUUG